CAGACCCGACCCACGUAUGUUGUAUAUAAGCGGUGUACAGUGUUGUGUAAGAAACAUAGCGAUGUAAAUUCUUCAAAAAACUUCAUGAUCUUGUGGAAAGAAUUCUCAAUGUCGUUCCCCCAGAUGCUGCUGCCAUGGCGAUCCCUGUCUCAGCGUGUGACAGUGGGAAAUCGUGCUGCCUCUUCAGUUCCUGUUGGUGCACUUGACUUUGUUCCAUCCAGCAGCUCAGCUGACAGAGGCACCUUGGAGCAGCUCCAGACCUUUGUAUCACAAGCCUCAAGGCUGUUUGUGUUAACAGGAGCUGGACUGUCGACCGAGUCAGGAAUCCCUGACUAUCGUUCAGAACGUGUGGGGCUGUACGCACGCACAAAUCGCCGUCCAAUGCAGCACAUCGAGUUCAUGCGCAGUUCCAAGGCUAGGCAGCGUUACUGGGCCCGCAAUUAUGUGGGCUGGCCGCUGUUUUCUUCCCACAUGCCAAACUCAGCUCACUAUGCCCUGAGGGACUGGGAGGAGAAGGGUAAAGUUCACUGGCUUGUCACUCAAAAUGUGGAUGCUUUACAUUCAAAGGCAGGACACCAGAGUCUGACUGAGCUUCAUGGCUGUUCUCACAGGGUGGUAUGUAUGGGCUGUGGGCAGAUGACUGCACGCAAGGAGCUGCAGAAGUAUUUUGCUGCACUAAACCCCAGCUGGGAGGCAAGCGCAGGCGAGGUGGCACCGGAUGGAGAUGUGUUUUUGGAGGAUGAGCAGGUGCUGCAAUUCAGGGUUCCCUCGUGCCGGUCCUGCGGUGGCAUCCUAAAACCUGCUGUGACAUUUUUUGGUGAUUCAGUGGACCGGGCAGUUGUGCAGUUUGUGCACGACAGGUUGGCUGAGGCUGACGCUGUGCUUGUGGCUGGAUCCUCACUGCAGGUGUAUUCUGGGUACCGUUUCCUGUUAACAGCCCAUGAGAGACGACUCCCAGUGGCCAUCGUGAACAUUGGCCCUACAAGGGCUGACCAUCUUGCUGAGCUUAAAGUGAGUGCUCGAUGUGGAGAAGUGCUCCCGAUCCUCAAUGCCAGCUGAGAGCAAGAACUCUUUUGGUGGUAUUCAACUCAGAAUCCUUGUUCUUUAGUUUUACAUGAACAAUUCUGUAAUAACCAUUCAACUCUACCUCACUGUGCACUGAUGAGAAGACACUACGAAACAGACUCGUCAUUGCUUGCAAUUAGUUAUGUUUUAAUGAUUUAGCUCAUUUCCUUUAGUGCAACCUACAUGAAUGAGAAGAAUGAAGGGAAAAUUGAGAGGGUUUAUGGUUUUUAGGUUGCAAUACAGACCUCAUAACACUUGAUAAGUGUCACUCCUUUUUUUUUUUUUUUUUUUACUGUUCUAUUACAUGCACCUCAGGGCAACUCAAGUGAAAGUCAGACAUAUGUUUUGUUUUUAGGCUUUUAUCUGUAAUAAUAUGAAUGGGAAUGUUUUAAUUAGUUGGCUACCCACUAAAUUGGACUAAACGAUUGGUCACUGGAUAUAAGCAUUAAUUUAGUUAAUGCCCUAUAUAUUGUAGUUCAAUUUAAUAUAUUUGCUGUAAAUUUAAAUGAUAAUACAAAAGGUUAAAUGUUUGUGGUUGCACAGUCUCACAUCUGAAAUUCUGCUCAUUAUCUCAUUAUUGAGUAAUACUCAAUAUUUAAGAUAUGUAUGAAUGCAUUUAGACUUGUACCUCUGAACUUUAAAAUGUGAUUUGUAAAUGGUUAACUGCUUUUCGAUUUGUGUUUGGGUCAAAUUUGUCAAAACAAGGGGGAAAAAUAUUUACAUUUAAUAAGAUUGUCUUUCUUUCUAUUUCUGCAAAACUAACUAAAAAUGGUUAUGGGGAGAGUUAGAUUUCAUUAAAUAAGUCUGAAUAAACUUUAACCUGGUAUACAGCAAAAA